AUGUCAACGCCUCAAGAUUUAAACGAAUACGAAAUUGACAAUUAUGAUCAUACAACCUGCCCUUUCGAGCCUAAUCAUCGUCUGCAAACCCCUGAAUCUUUUAAAUACCACAUCACAAGAUGCAAAAACAAAGAUUUCAACUACAUCAAGCCUAGAAUAAAAGUCUGCAAACACAACAUAAGUCAUAUUUUUAUUGACGAUGCCAAGCUAAAGUACCAUGAGCCAAGAUGCACUUCACAUUACUCAAGAAGUUCUUACAAACUGGCUGCUAAUGGCCAGCAAACUUCAUACUUCAUUAAUUAUUUUGCCACCUUCAAUAAAAAAAUUCUAUUUUUUUUCAAAAAAAAUCAAAAGGUGUUAUUAAAAAAUCCAAUAGACAAUAGCAUUGUGAACUUAUCGUGUAUGUCCUUAUAAUCCAAACCACCAAAUUCGAGAUGACGAAAAAAUCGCCUGGGAUCGACACUUACAGUUCUGUCCUAAUAGAGAUUCUCGAUAUGAAGCACCACCAGUCCCAGCUCUUGACCAGACACUUAGUGGGAAACUAAAUUAUGCCCAUGGCUUAGUAAGCACAGAAGAGCAGUUUAUCCCACCUCCAUGCACCAAAAUAAGGAAAAUAGAGCCUUUUGAUAACUCCCGUCACUUAAUUGUAGUCCAUUUUAUAUUUAAGCAAUUUUCGGUAUGGAAAACUAACGCAAACCCUAAUCAGUGCUUUAAUGAAAUGGAUUUGUGGAUAGAUAGGACUGCAUCUGCAGACCAUAGAGAAUGGCCAGGGUUGCGUGAAAUUGAGCAGCAGAGGAAUCAUGGGGAAUAUUUAGUCGCCACAUUGUACCCAAAUGAUAGUGAAAAUUCAUCAAAAACGAUUUACAGGUCUUUUAUACAGAUGCUUACUGGGCAUGUAGAUGGGAAGCCACCAUGCAAGCUUGCAGUUUCUACCCAAUCGUCAUCUGAGCAGAAUUUAAUUUAUUUAAUAGCUCAUAGAACAGAAGACACAGGGUUUGGCUCAGCCGUCACAGACUCAGAGCUUGGGCUUUUUGCAGUGCCUCAUUCACUUUUAUAUGGAAAGCAUGACACUUUGUCAGCUUACCAAAAUAAAUUAAAAUCGCAUGAAGAAAAAAUUUCUUUUCUUGAAAAUCAAAAUCGGCUUUUACAAGAAGAAUGCGAAAAACUGGCUCAGGAAAGAAAUGAAUUUAAAAUAAAAUGUGACGGCUUAGUCUAUGAGUUUGAAAAUACAGUAAAAGUCGAAUUCCAGCAAAAGUUAUUCUAUUUUCUAUAAAUAAAUCUUAUUAAAAACAGAAAAUUAUUAAUAAAAUAAUUUUUUUAAAAAAAGAAUACUAGAUAAAGAUCAAGAAAUCCAAGACCUUAGGACUAAAACAGAAGCUUUAAUAAGAAAUUUAAAAACUGGCUAUGAUAAAGAGCUGCAAAAACUAGCAGAAGAAAUCGACAGGGAAAGACGAGAAAAAGAAGCCAACCGCAUGAACUUUGAAGCAGAUUUACAAAACUUAAAAACUCAGACUAAAAAGCAAAAAGAAACAAUUUUGGAGCAAUCUGAUAAGUCACGAAAAGAAAUCGACGAAAGAGGCACAAAAAUAAUAUUCUUACAAAGGCAGCUUGAAGAAAAAAAUGCAAUAGAAAAGCAGAUGGCUGAUACCAUUGAGAGGCUAAACGAGCAGCUUUAUGUACAAAAGAAAAAUUUCGAAGAAAAUAAAGCGCCAGAUAUGAAAAAAUAUAUUGAAAUGCAAAGGGUGCAAGAAAGAGAAAUUAUUGUCAGGGAAUAUCAAGACCGAGAACUUUGUGUUAUUUGUAUGAAUGAAAAGAAAAACACUGUUUUCGUCCCUUGUGGACAUUUAAUGUACUGCAAUGUGUGUCUAAAUGAACUAGGACUGUCGCUAGAUAAGAAGAUCCCUACAAAUCAUCCACAUGGAAAAUGCUCGUUAUGUGAGACGAAGCUGAAGAUGGUCCAUAGAGCAUAUCCUUAUUAA